AUGAGGCUAUCACUAUCAUCCACACUACUGGCUUUACCGCUGAUAUCAGCAGUCAAUGCAUUACAUUUCUACUUCGAAUCAAAUGAGAAGAGAUGCUUCAUGGAGGAAUUACCGAGCGAUACGAUCGUAGAAGGCCACUACAAAGCUUAUAUAUGGGAUGAACCUGCCAAUCUGUGGAGGAUGGACCAAGACGUUGGUAUACACGUUGCAGUAGAGGAACUAUCCUCUGGCCAUGUAGUCGUCAACACCCGUGGACCACCCGAUGGAAGAUUUACUUUUACCUCCCACGAGCCGGGAGAUCACAACAUUUGUUUACAUUCUAACAUAACUGGUGGAUGGUUGACGAAUCAACAUAUCAAAUUGUAUUUGGAUAUCAACGUGGGAAGCUCAAGACCUGAUGCUGAAGCCGACUCAUCACACGUCACGACCCUCUCUUCCAAGAUCAGAGAUCUGAACAAUAAAGUUGCUGAUAUCCAGCGAGAACAGCGAUACAUGAGAGAAGUCGAGGCUACGUUCAGGGACGCAAGUGAAUUGACCAAUUCGAGAGCGGUAUGGUGGAGUCUGUUACAGAUUGGAGUUUUGAUAGGUGCUGGUGUAUGGCAGAUGAGGUAUUUGAAGGUGUAUUUCGAAGAUAAGAAACUUAGGUAG